AUGAACAUCUUGUCAAUAGAAUCAAAAUUCCAAGAAUUAGACAAAAAAGAUAAGCAUGCAAGACUAUAUUACAACCCAAAGGCAGCAAAAGGCUUUAAACAUCAAUAUAUCAGUGAUAUCCGUGCUGAUUUCCAGCAUGACACUCUUCUCUAUGGUUUAGGGCUGUUUUGAAAUCAAGAAUUCGAUAAUGAAGGCCCAGCUACCGAAGAAAAUAUCCCUGAAGCUCCUCAAGAAGAGCCUUCAAAGCAAGUAAAAAAAGAUUCUGAGCCAAAGCCAGACAUUAUCGCAAAGCGAAAAAAUCAAAAAUUGCUCGACAUCCAAAAACCUUUAGCUAAAGAUGACUACCAAGGCAUUUUUUCUAAUACAAAAGUAUUAAAUCACGAUUAUCUUUACAAAAGGCCUCAACUAGAAAACAGAACAGCUGGCUGAAAAACUACUGGUGACCAAGACAUAACAGUUGUAAACAAAGCAGCCCAAGGAAGUAUCAAUAAUCCUAACUCCCCCCCCCCCUCCGUGAGCGAACAAAACCAUUAGAAAAAUCGCCAUUUUUUGACCAAAAACCCACCCUCCGUGAGUGAACAAAAAUUUUUUUAAUAGAAAAAAUUUUAAUGGAAAAAAAUUUUGAUAUAUAAGUGAUAAUUAGUAUAAUGAAAUCUAGAGCUAAUUCUGUUUAAUUUAAACAAAUUGCGUUUUAAAACAUAAAUUUUGCAAAUUAAAUUAAUAUUUGCUUCCCAAUUUUUGCAAAUUAGGAUUUUUUUAAAUUUCGAAAAAAAAAUUUUUUUAUAAAAUUUAUAUAUAAAUUUUUUUUAAAAAAAAAAAUUAACCCCCCUCCGUGAGCGAACAAAAUUUUUUUGUUCGCUCACGGAGGGGGGGGGGGGAGUAAGAAAACCAGCAUUGAAGAUUUAAAAUCAAAAAUAGACAAAUAUCGAUCAGAUUACAAAGGUAAACCAAACAAAAAAAUGCAAGAAGGGCUUACCCAAGACGAAUUUAAAACAAUGAUGGACGACCAUCAGCGUUUUUUGAAAGAAAAUAAAGGAGCUGAUAGAAAUUUCCAGCUAUCUCCUACCACAUUAAGAAAACUAAAUACUUCGAACAGCUUUAUACAAUCCAGAACUCCUGAGCCUGCAUUUGAGCUAAAACUUUCUGCGAUCGACUCUUAUGAAGGUAUCAGUGAUCGAAAUCUGUCUUUUAUUGAGGGAAGCGAAAAUAAAAGCUUUGAAAAGCCUUCAAGCUCUAAUAACACUGAUAGGCCAUAUAGAAUUCAAUCAAUGAAGCCAAUUACUAUGGAAAGAUUGAGUGAAAAAAGCCCAAAAAAAGGAAAAAUUCAAAUUCAGCUGCCACCAAUAAUAAAGAACCAAAAGCCAAGCAAAGCAAAUUCUAAUAAGCCAAUUGCAAAUCCUUUAACUCAUGCGCUAUAUGCUUACAAGCAAAAUUUAGAUGCUUUCCAUCCACAUGCGUAUCCAGCUAAUUUAAGUAUUUUUGAGACUCAUGAUUUUAUAGAACAGCGAUAUUUCAGGUCUUAUUUAAAAAAUAAAAAAGCUGUAGAAGAGCCUGAAGUCUUAUUAGGAGUUCACGGGAAGCCUGUGCUGAUGUAG